AUGGCACCAACGGCAGAGACUCAAGCACCCCUCACUCCUAAUAAAGGCAAGUUCCUUCGAGGAGUUGCUGAUAUUAAUGAGGCAUCCCUUGCAAGACUCUCGUUAAGAGAAAAGAAGGAGAAGAUAACUCCAUAUGAGUUUGAACAUUUGUCACCUGCCUAUCCUGAUAUUCAUUGGGAACCUCUCAAGGAGCUUGAGUACACAGACAAGGCUCUUGGUGCUGAUGAGGAAUAUAAAGAGCUGUUCAAGGCUGUCACUUCUUAUAGACAUGUCACUCCGAAGUUUGGAACUGUGCUCGAAGGUGUUAAUCUUGCUGAGUUGAAUGAUAAGCAAAAGGCGGAGCUGGCUCACCUUACUGCUUAUAGAGGUGUGAUUUUCUUUAGAGACCAAAAGGAUUUGGAUAUUCAUAAGCAACUUGAUUUGGGACGAUUCUGGGGUAAACUUCACAAGCAUGCUACGACGGCAUUGCCCAGAGACUGGGAGAAGGGACUUGACGAAGUCCAUGUUGUGUUUGCUAAUGAAUACAGACCACCCAGUCAAGCAUAUCCUCAAAGCUAUUUAUGGCACUCAGAUGUUUCAUAUGAGUUGCAACCCCCCGCAUACACAACAUUAAAACUUUUAGACGGACCCGAGGAGGCUGGUGGUGAUACUCUAUGGAUCUCAGGAUAUGGAUUAUAUGAUGCUCUUUCUCCUGGUUUGAAGGAAUAUGUGGAGAAGCACACUGCACUUCACUCUGCUCACGAGCAGGCCGAUGGUGCUCGUGCUAACGGCAAGACUGUCCGCCGUGAUCCUAUCGUUACUGAGCACCCACUUGUUCGUGUGCACCCAGUUACUGGAUACAAGUCUUUAUAUGUCAAUCCUGGUUUCACUAGAAGCAUUGUUGGUGUUCCCAAGGCUGAAUCAGAUGCUAUCCUUCAAUAUCUGUUCAGUUUGAUUGCUACUAGCCAGGAGUAUACUGCUAGGUUUACAUGGGGCAAACACGACUUGGCACUGUGGGAUAACAGAGUUACUGUCCACUCUGCCACUUAUGGUUUCUAUCCUAAUCGUAGACAUGCUGUUAGAGUCACUGUUCAUGGUGAGACUCCAUACUACGACCCUAAUGGUAAGAGCCAACAAGAAGAGAUUGAUGCCCAAUUGCAACGCAAGACAUACAUUGACGGUAGCAAAGGAAUCAAUUACAAUGAUUAA